AUGUCACAGAGAAAGGCCAGAGGGGCACCAGCCAUGCCUGGAGUGGGGCAGAGCCCGCUGAAGGCCAGGCCGAGGUUGCUAGCAGCCACAGACAGGAGGAGGAGCUGCCUGAGCAGGACAAGGCAAGACCUGUGGGAAGAGACCAGCUGGAGCAACCAAAGGCGGAGCAGGGCUGCCCCUGACCCAAGAGGGGCCAGGACCAGGAGCCUGGCUCUUGGCAGGAGUGAGGCCAGUCCUGAGAACGCGGCGCGGGAGCGGAGCCGGGUGAGGUCACUGAGCCAGGCCUUCCUGGCCCUGCAGGCCGCUCUGCCUGCAGUGCCCCCCGACACCAAGCUUUCCAAGUUGGAUGUGCUGGUUCUGGCCACCAGCUACAUAGCCCACCUCACCCGCAUGCUGGGCCAGGAGUUGCCCGGCCCUGCCUGGCCACCCUUCCUGCGUGGACUCCGCUACCUGCACCCUCUCAAGAAGUGGCCGAUGCGAUCUCGUCUCUAUGCUGGAGGUCUGGGGUGCUCUGGUCUCAACUCCACCACAGCCAGCACCUUGGGCCAAAGAACAAAGGAGGAAGAGGUCAAGCCCCAAGUCUCUGGAGAGGCAGAUGCUCUCCUCCCCACCAGGCCACUCUCACCAGCUCUUGGGGACAAAUGA